CAUCCAGGAUGUGCAGAUCCUGGAACCCUGCGAUCUAAUCUGCGGCCGGAGCGCAGGUCAUUCCCAUCGCUGGCCCUGGCAGUGUCCCCUUCUCUGGGAACAUGGACUUGUCCAGAUCAGAACUGCUGCUUGGAACCAUGUUUGAGUCGCAGGAGGAGUUAUUCCAUCCAGAGGGGUUUACGGGGUCGGACGCUGUGACGUUCUCCCUGUCCGAACCCCACGGGUUUCCAGCCGACAAACUUUAUGAUGAAUGGCAGGUGAGCGGCCGGACGGGACUGAGCGAGAGAGAAGACCCGGACGAGUUCCUGAAGAUGAUGAUAAAUCCCAAUGAUGUCUACAACACGGAGGCAUGCGCCAGCGAGUCCCCUGAGAGUGAUAGCGGCUUCUCCGAUGACCCUCGUCCGGAAACCCCCACUAACUGUGACGCCAGCACCCCGCUGCCCCAGCCGGCCCCGGUGUAUGAGCUGGUCUAUGACAUUGGGUCCAUGGAGGAGCGUAAGCUGCAUAGCGAGAUGAGCAGCAUUGUGUCCAUACAGCUAGCAGAGGACUGGCACUCUUCUGUCCUCAUACCUGACAGCUGCAUCGUGAACGAGCUGCCCGCUCUACAAGUGGGCAUGUGUAAGCCGGCAGCAGUACCCCUCCGGGACAUCUCUCCAGACCUGCUCUCCGUGGAGGCCUUGUACCCAGAGCUCCAGCUGACUGAUGAGGAGAAGCGGCUUCUGUCUCAGGAGGGUGUGGCGUUGCCCAAUAACCUGCCACUCACAAAGGCAGAGGAACGGAUCCUGAAGAAAGUGCGCAGGAAGAUCAGGAACAAACAGUCCGCGCAGGACAGCCGGAGACGCAAGAAGGAAUACAUAGACGGGCUGGAGAGCAGAGUUUCCGCUUGUUCUGCACAGAACCAGGAGCUGCACAAGAAGGUUCUGGAGCUGGAGAAGCACAAUGUAUCCCUGAUCACCCAGCUCCGCAGACUGCAGGCCCUCAUCAAGCAGACAUCCACCAAAGCUGCUCAGACGGGCACCUGCGUCCUGAUCCUUUUCUUCUCCCUGGCUCUGCUGAUCUACCCCAACUACUACCCGCUCCGCUCUGGAGCCGCCCUGAGCGAUGGCUCCACGUACACACCUACUGGAGUUAUCUCCAGAAACAUCCUGAACAAAGGCGAGUUCUCCGAGGUCACAGAGCCCCCUGUACUCUCAGAGACGAUACCCACUGUUCCGCAGUCGGGAGAAGAUCUACAGGAACCUCGCGUACGGCUCCCUGGUGCCCCAGAGCAGGAAGAGAUGGAUGCAGACAAGCGGGGGGCAGCGAUCUCUCUGGAGAGACAGGCUUCAGUGGAAAGGGUGCCCCCCAAAUCUAUUCUCCCCCCAGAGAAAGAGAACUGGGACAAUUCUGCCAGCAGGGACCUGUCUAAGACAGCACGGACAGACGAGAUGUGACUGCACAAACGCUCGCCAUAACACGUGAUUGGAUAUGUUACAAUUAGACUCAGCACUGGUACCCAGCGUGGCAAGAGGAGGCGGUGACCGCACAAGUGCCAUGUCUGCGGCAUGCACACAGUCGCUGUACAACAUGCAGGAUGGAAUUGUGCCGACACACAGCAACAUCACACCAAUGCAACACACUCACACGCACAUGGUGCAGCUGCACAAUGUAUGUGCCGCAGGAGAAGUAGGGUUUAUUGCGCUAUAUAAUGCACAGUGGCCCUCAAUCUGAGUUAAUCGCUCGCUAGCUGCUUUUAGCAGCAGUGCACAUGCUAGGCCGCCGCCCUCUGGGAGUGUAUCUUAGCUUAGCAGAAGUGCGAACGAAAGGUUAGAAGAACUGCUCGUAAAAAUUUUCAUGCAGUUUCUGAGUAGCUGCAGACCUACUCCUACCUCUGUCAGUUUAGUUUCUGCUUUGACGUCACAAACACGCCCUGCGUUCGGGCAGCCACUCCCCCAUUUCCCCAGGCACGCCUGAGUUUUGGCCUGACACGCCUGCGUUUUUUAGCACACUCCCUGAAAACGGUCAGUUACCACCCAGAAACACCCACUUCCUGUCAAUCACUCACCGAUCAACAGAGCGUCACGAAAGCGUCGCUCGUCCUUGUGCAAAACUGCAUCGUUUUGUGUGGAAGUAAUUCGCGCAUGCGUACUGCGGCCCGUACGCAUGCGCAGAAAUGCUGCUUUUUCACCUAAUCGCCGCGCUGCGACCGAAAGCAGCUAGCGAACAACUCAGAAUGAGGGCCAUUGUGUGACUGAUUUUUCUGGCACUCUGGGCUGAUUAGGUAGACCCUAUGAGACGCCUACUGAGAUUGCCAGCCAGUUAAAUAUGAAUUCCCCUAAUUGGCUAAUGGGAGAACAGAGUAUGGGGGCAGCUUCACUUCAAUAUUGAAAACUUUUCACGGCUUAAUUAAUCAGAGAUUUGUCCGAUCUAUACUAAUCCAUGGUGUAUCAUUCACUGCAAUAAUUUCCACCCCACCUGCAUGUUCUCCAGGUGACCCAGUUAAGCUGGGGGCCCCGUAUUAUCUCACACAUGUACACGCUUUAGACACACAAUCCGUAGGUGCACAGACACACACCGCUGUGUAUCCCCGAGCACACACUGUAAUCCGGUAUAUCACAGGCCUGUAGCAUAACGGUACAAGCCUACUGCACCCGCAGUGACACAGAGAUACACUGACACUGCUGCGCUGUACGACACGCAGAACCGCCUCCUCUCACUGCGAUUGCCGCUUAUCUCCUGCUCGACUGGAACUUCCUGAUAUUCAGAGAAUUGUUUUAUAAUAUUUAUAUAGGGAAUGAUUAUAUUGGGGGGGAUGAAAUCUCCUGGGAGAAAAAGAGAUUUGUAUCAUGUUUUAAUAAAAAUUCUAUUUGCUUUUUA